AUGGGCAACCAUUGUCUGACUGGAUUAAAGAUUGCCAAAGCCAGUCCUGCUAUUUUCCACUUGUUUUUUGCAGAUGACACCCUUAUCUUCUGUAGAGCCAGCAUUAAGGAGUCUGAACAAGUGAAGAGGAUCUUGGAGUUGUAUGAAGCAGCAUCAGGACAACAGAUUAACACAGAUAAGUCAUCUGUGUUCUUCAGCAAAAACACUGAGGAAAGCAAUAAGGCAGAGAUCCUCAGAAUAUUGGGGGGAAUGAAGCAGGUGGACCAGAGUAAGUAUCUUGGGCUACCAAUGGUGAUUGGCAGAUCUAAAAGACAAGUCUUCAAUUAUAUCAAGGAAAGAGUGAUGGAGAAGAUCAAAGGGUGGAAAGAAAAGCUGUUGAGCCAAGCUGGGAAGGAAGUGCUGCUAAAGUCUGUGAUACUAGCAAUGCCUGCCUAUGCUAUGAGUUGUUGCAGGCUGCCUAAGACCUUAUGUCAGGACAUAAGUGGAGAAAUGGCUCGCUUUUGGUGGGGGGAGAGUGAGGGGAAGAGAAAGACUCAUUGGGUGGGGUGGGGAAAGUUGGCUGAAAUAAAAGGGAAAGGAGGCUUAGGCUUUAGGGACUUGCUGGAUUUUAAUAAUGCCAUGCUGGCUAAGAUGUUAUGGAGAAUUCUGACACAACCCAAUCUGUUAUUAAGCAAGGUGUUAAAGGGGAAAUACUUCAAAGGGGAAGCAAUUUGGAAGACACAGAUAAAGGCAGGGGACUCUUGGAUAUGGAAGAGCAUUAUGAGUGCAAGGGAGAUGAUGGAAAGAGGUAUUAGGAAGAGAGUUGGAGAUGGCACAACUGUGGAUAUCUGGAAAGAUAGGUGGAUUCCAGGUGAAGGUACGGGUAUGGUGGCCACUCCAAUGCCUGCAGGCUGUAAUAUCCUAAAGGUACAUGAACUAAUUCAGAACGGAAAGUGGAACAAAGCAAUGAUGGAAACUCUACUUAGUGAGAAAGACUGCAGAAAGAUAGAAGAAAUUCCAAUUAGCUUAUGUGCAGGGAAGGAUAAGUUGGUGUGGCCAUUUACAAAAUCUGGGCAGCAUGCUGAAAAUAUAUGGAAGGCAGCUCCAAUUGAUUGGGAUGGGCUUAAAGAGUUUAGGCAUAGUUUUUGGCAUUGGUGGAAUAGCUUGAUGGAUGCACAAGACAGAAUAGAAAGGAGGAACCACAUUGCUUUGACUGUGAAUAUACUUUGGCAGAUAUGGAAAUCAAGGAACCAAGUACAGUUCAAUGAGAUGAGCAACUGCCCAGGGAGAACAGCAGGUAAAGCUGUGCAGGAGUGGGCUGAAUAUAAUGAGGUGAGGAAUGGGGCUGAUAAUAAGGAGGUAAUGGAGAAAGAACAGGGGGCAGGGAUUAGCAGAUGGUAUCCACCCCCUCAGGGCUUUAUAAAACUAAACACUGAUGCAGCCUUGGUGUUGAAGGAUAGGAGGAUUGGGUGGGGAGUAGUGGCUAGAAGGGAGGAUGGGGAGAUUGUAGGGGCUUGGGCAGGGGGGGAGAGCAGAAAUGGUAUCCCAGCAGUUGAGGAGGCCUUAGCUAUCAGAAAAGCUGUGAUAAAGGCUAAACUAUGUGGCUGGAACAAAGUAGAGAUACAAUCUGAUUGUAAAUUGCUGGUGGACAAGCUCAGGGGGAGGGAUAUGGAUGAUCCAGUCACGGGGACUAUUUUACAUGAUGUUCUGAUUUUAAGCCAAGGUUUUGUUACGUGUCAGUUCUCUUUUGUUAAAAGAUGGGGCAAUUGUGUGGCUCAUAAGCUGGCAAAAUUUGCCAUAAACUUGUAUGAUGAAAUUAGUUGGAAGGAUUCCUUUCCAAUUUGGCUUAAUUGUUUAGCCAAAAAUGAUGUAGGAGCAGUUGCUCCAACAAUGGAACCUACUGAGCAGGAUACUAAGCAUGCAAUGGAAACUAAGGCAUUUUUUGAUUUUAUAGAUCUUGGUAUGCUAAAGAAAAUAAUGAAGUCAAGCAGACACAUUUCUGAAUAUGGCAGCGAAGAGUAUAACGGAAUUAAAAGAGUGAGACUUGAGAUUGCUCUAAUGUUCGGAUAUCUAACGAUUUAUGUUGAAGAAGAGAAUAAUCAGGUAGGGGCUACGGAAGCAGCAAUAGAAAUAGUAACUCUUUUAGUAGCAUUUUUGGAAGAUUUAUAUGUGCUGUGUGAAAGAGAUAUAGAUGUAGGGGCUGUUCAGUGA